AUGUGCCAGGAAUUGCGGGAGAAGCUAUUGCAGGACUUGCAGGCCGAGAAGAGUCUUGAUGCGAUCGUGUCGGUUCCAGAUUUUGACUUGCCACCAAACAGCAGACUUCUGGCAGUAUUACCUGUGGCUGAUGGAAUCGAGCCAGAGCUAAGCGAUACGUUCAGCAAGAAGAUGUCCAUCAGAGGAUCUGCGCCCAAGGAGGAGAUCAUCGAGGACUUGCGCAAAGUUACACUACCUGCUUUGUUGGUCUUCCAGCGCGGUGGAAUGACUUUCUCUGAGGUGGAGUUGGCAUUGGAUCCCCCUGCGAGUGUGAAAUUUCUGUCGUUCCAGACUGGCAAGGACGAUCCUGGCUUGGACCCAGUCUGCUGGAAGGUGGAAGGCUUUGUCAAAGACAAGGACGGAGACGCUGGACAAUGGAAGCAGCUGGUUUGUCUAGACAAGCCCUAUUUGCCUCCCAGCAAGCGCCAGCAAGAUAUGAUUAUGGUCUUUGACGUGGAAUAUUGGCGAACGGCUGGCAAGGCUGGAAGCAUCACCCUGCAAUCUUUCCUGCCGGUGGUGCAAGAGCGCCUGAGCUUCUUCACGGCAUCGCUACGGAGCCUUGCGAGUUCCAAGAAGAACUACAGCAUACGUCCUGGCAUUGACACGCUGCUCGAUAGCCACGUUGGGAACAUUCCGUCCUUGACACAGGUGAUCCCUUGCUACAGCGAGACCGUGAUCCUGAGCAAGCAGUUCCUAGAAGAUGAGGAUGGGGUGAACACCAAUCUCGGCUUCAUCAUCUCUCAAUUUCCGGAAGAGUGGCGUUUCUUCUGCGAGCGGCACAGCUAUUCCGCGAAGGAUAUGUACGACGCCUUCAUGGGUCGCGAUCAGAGUGAAGCUUUGUCGCCCAAGCUAUGUAUGGAGGUGAGGAUGUGGGCAUCGAUGCGAUCGCAGACUGUGGCAAGGACAGUGGUAGGUGCCAUGCAGUACCAAGAGGUGGUCGCGCUGUUGCCAAACGUUCAGGCAUCAAGGCAUCCAGAACAGGCGCUUGAGCACUGUGUAGAGCUGGUGCUCGCACAUCAGACCUACGGAAGCAAGGCUGGUUCUGAAGAGAACGAUCAGGCCGUGCGGUAUUUGCUCUCCAAAUAUCAGGAUCGGAGCUUUUACCUGGUCUUUGACUUUGACCUUGAAAAGAUACGUACAAACCUUGUUGCAGCAGUACAAAGCUUCGUCCGACAGAAGUACUCCUACGAUCGGCCCAUCAAACAUGCGAGUGUGUUGGCGCGCUUUCGCUCUGGCAGAACGUCUUCAGAGACGGUGCCUGAGGAGUGCCUGGAGCUGGUGGAAGUGCUGCCGAGGUGCUUCCCACUGCUGGUGGGCACGCCAGGCUUCAUGACACAAGGCAAGGCAGGAAACCAACUGGGGGCAUUGCGCUUCUCUCGCGGCCACUUUUUGCAGAUGAUGGAUGCCAACAUGGGAGCCUUUCUUGGCGAAGCGUGCAAGGUGCCCUUCAUCCUGCGCCGCUUUCAGCCCCAUUGGUCUGACAGGACCACUGUGAGGGCACGGAUCAUAGGCUUCCGAGAAUUCAUCUUUACGGAGAGUCACGGUGCUGUGGGAAGUGUCAUGGCAUCUGCUGAGUGGUCCUUUGGAACCAUUUGUCAGCGGUUCUUGUCUGGAUUGGGCGCACGAAUGCACUAUGGCCAUCCAGAUUUUCUGGAUGGAUUCUGGGCCUCUAACCGUGGAUCCCUUUCCAAAGCAUCGCCUGCCAUCAACCUCUCAGAGGACAUCUUUGCAGGGUUCAAUGUGAGAAUGCGAGGUGAAGCCUCGAAACACGUGGACUUCUUGGCUUGGGAGAAGGGGCGUGAAUCUUCCUUCAAUGCGGCCGCCCUUUUCUACACCAAGGUCAGCAAAGGUAACGUGGGAGUGAUGCGCUCGCGCGACUUGAAAGUGAUCACACAGAACAUGAAUGUGGUGGAUAAUUUCUCCUUCUACUUCGCAUCAAUCGGUUUCUACUUGAACAAUCUGCUGAUUGAUCUCUCCAGCACGGUCUAUGUGUUCCUCUUCAUCCUCUUGGCACUGGCAACAAAGUCUCUGACAGAUGUAGCCUCACUGGACUCUAUGCUGGCCACCGAGUGGACGCUUUCAAUGGGAACCAUUGCGAUGUUUCCUCGAUUCAUGGAGCUGACGUUGGAAUAUGGUCCAAUGGAAGGGCUGCUCCGUUUCUUGCCCUCCAUUCCUGGAUGCAUGACCAUGUUUACCUUCAUCAACAAGUCCAUUGCUUCUGGUUUGCAGGAGACCAUGGUUACGGGUGAGGCGUCUUACAUCGCGACAGGUCGACCAAAUGCCAAUACCCACUACAGCUGGAAGGAAUGCUAUUUCAUUCACUGUGCAUCGCACUACUAUCCAGCCUUGAGGAUCUAUAUCUGCUACUUCGUCUACGAGCUUGUGUCCCAGGCGAUGGGAUUUUCGACGCUGCCAAUGAUGGUAUUGCUGGCUUCUGCAACAAUGUGGUUGGUCGCACCACUGCUGUUUUGUCCGCAGCCAACCUUGAGAUCGCUAGGCCGAGAUGUGAGGGAAUUUUGGGAGUUUGUCAUUGCAACGCGGCCGAUGUUUGCCUCCACUCAUGAGAUGAAAGCCAUGGAGGACCUGCUGCGAACUGGUUUACGUGAUCCUCGUUCGUCUCUCUAUGAGUUUUGGCUGUUGAGAGCCUUGGACCACAAGAAGUUUUCCUGCUUUCAGCGAGUGUGCUUCUUGAUGUGUGAAGUAUUGAGUCUUCUCUUUGUGCUCGCAGUUGUGCCCAGUUCUUUGUUUGACUACUACUUCAUUGUGGUGUUGCUCUACGGCUUGCACUACUUACUCAUGGAGGUUUGGCGAUUGCUCGGUCGGCCAACAGUGAUCACAUUGCUGACAACAUUGAUGUGGCUAGUGGCGCCCGUGAUAACAAGGGUACCCAUGUUGGAUAUGUUGACGCUUCUGCUGAGUACCUUACUGGCCCUGAAGGUCAUCAGAUCUGUUGUCCUUCUUGUCUGCUGGCUUUCGCUUAGUCCGAAUCUGUACUGGAAGCAAAUGGCAGAAAGGACCGAGACGGAUCGAAGCGCAAAGAAGGCAGCCGCAAUGAAGAUGCGCGCAUAUGACAAAGUGGUUGAAUACCUGUACGUCAACCUGAUGGGCCAUCAGCUUCAUUUGUACGCUGCUGGGGCAAUCCUGAUUGUGAGUUUCGUGGUGCAAUUUGUUUUGGUUGUGUUGGACAGUUUCUAUGGCCUGCAUUCGUGGGCCCUGUUGAAUCCACGACUGCGAAGCAGAUCCUGCUGCCAGCGUCGGCGUGGUUUCCAGCCUCAUGGCUUAGUGAUCUUAGUGAAACAUGGCAGAUCUUUGAAGAUAGCUCCUCAGAAGAGCAAGCACUUCUGCGAUGGAGAAAGGGUGUGCUGCAUUUGCACAAGAGUCAUCAGUCUCAUUGUCACCGGUGCGAGUCCCACAGCUUUGUUUUGGUAUUCCCAGUUGGCCAAUGACACGAAUGCAGUCAGAUAUCCCAAUGACAUUGACGCUGACAUCGCAACAUGGCUUCGGCCAAAGGGGCCGAUCUUCAAGGGUGAUGCGGAGGCUGUCGAGGUGAGUUUGACUCCGCAAAGCAACGCUCAUGCACCCACAAUCACCAGGCCAGUGGAGGCGCAACGCGUUGCCUUCAACAGUGGUCGAGAGCCACCACCUCCAACGUGGGAUGGAAGUGAACCAGCUGUGCAGUUUCCCAUCUUCCAAAAGAAUGUCCGUUUGUGGGAGUUCGAGACCGAGGUGCCAGAGAACAAGAGAGGGGUUCGCUUGUUGCGGGCCUUGACAGGCAUAGCUCGCGCUGCUGCCGACAGCUUAGAGUUUGAGAAGAUCACCGAUGCCAAAGGGGUCUCCCACAUCAUGAAGUGUUUGGAAGAUCAGUUCAAGCCUCAUCUUGAACUGUCACUGCCGAGGGCCUUUGAGCGGGCCAUUUAUGGCCAACCUCGCUCCAGCAAGGAGAGCAUUCAAGAGUACAUCAUUCGCUGCGAGCGAAGUUUCUUUUUGUUGGAGAAAGAAGGCGUGAGGCUUCCGGAGGAGGCGAUUGGGUAUGUCAUGUUCCGUCAAGCUGCUAUGACGGAGAGCCAGGAACUCCGCUUCGGUGCUUGGGCAAAUGGAAAGUAUGACAGGUCGACUGUCGUGAUGUGCCUUCGGAAGCUUGACAAGGUGAUUUCCGAGGUCAAAGCAAAGCACUCAGUGGCCUUUCUGCAGGAUGAUGAGAACGCUCUUGAGGAGGGCGAUUUUGAAGCCGAGAGCUAUCAGCCUGAAUUUGAAGAUGACCAGGAGGACGACUUUGUCUACUUGACAGAGGGCCAGGCAGAGCGCAUGUUUGAAGAGAACGAGUUGCAGGUGGUUUUAGCCACUUACCAUGAAGUGAAACGAGCGAUGCAGGCAAAGCAGAAAGGACGCCAGUUCUACAAGGGCGGCACAAAGGGCCGAGGGCGAGGCUCACCCUGGCAGGACUACAUCAAGGACAAGAGAAAGAUUCACAUAGAACAACUCAAGCUCCGCACACGUUGUGCACGUUGCGGCACGGUGGGGCACUGGGCUCGUGAGUGCAAGAGCCCACCUGAUAGCCGAGGAGCACAGUCUGCGGCAUCUCAGAGUUCAAAGCCAUCUUCAGGUGCUUCGACAGCAGCUGGACAGAGUUGGUAUGUGUCCUCACCAGACCCUUGUUCCUUGCAUGUACUUGGUAAGGAUUCUUUUACGGUUUUUGAGUGUGGUUUGGAUGACACUCAAGAUUUUGGUUUUUGUGCUGUGGGGGAUAGCAGCACCAACACGUUUGAGGACGUGCCAAAAGCCCAACAAGAUAUGAGGGGCUUAGAUGUAGUUUUUGAAGGGUCUGUUUUGGCCACCAGAGCACCAACCCAUUUGUUCGUGGGGCUGACAACUGGACCCGCGAUGGCCAUUGUGGAUACGGCCGCUCAGGAUGGUCUGAUCGGCAGCGUUGCGUUGGCAAGAGUAAAAGAGGAGCUCAAGCAGUUCGGUUUGAAGAUUGCAUGGCUUCCACACAAGAAGGCCAAAGCACAUGGAGUAGGAGGAGCUGCAAAAGUUUUAGGAUCAGCUGCAUUACCACUUGGAAUCCACGGAAAUUCUGGAGUUCUUGAGGUUACGGUUGUAGAAGGUGAGGUUCCACUUUUGCUGCCUAUCAAACUUUUGAGAGAGUUGCAAGCCACUAUUGACGUUUUUCAAAACUGCAUCCAUCUUCAUCGUUUGCAAGUGACAGCACAGUUGCAAUCACUGCCAAGUGGACACAUUGCGAUGGAUGUCAUGAAUUUUGGAGAGCAUGGUUUUGUUUGUCCUACAGAAGCCGUUGCAGCUGGUUUGAAGGAUAGCGACUUCCGUUUGAACUUUGGCUCAGAGACGGAGGGUGAUACGUCAAUGACUUGCUCUUUGAUUCACCAUGGCGGAUCCUUUGGCGCUCUUCCGCAGAGCCAUCAACCGGCCUGGACGCGAUGUGGCGAUGGGCGAGCCGCGACAGCCGGCAAAUUCACGUCGCGCUGUGGCCCACUGGCGUGCGCUGAUGGACAAAGCUCUUAUGGUCUCGCAACUGCUUGGGCUAGAGGAGUCGGUUCAUUCAUGGUUGCCACAGGGUUCAACGGAGAUGCCAUACUCUCCACCAUCUUCCGAGGAAUUGGCUCGGAUCGUCGUCGACGCCAUUCCACUCGAGCCCAUGAAGUCCAAAGUGAAGCCAUCAACAGAGAGGAGCGCAUGUGCACACCGGAGAAGAUCAAUCCAGCAGUCAAAGCGAAGGCCGCGGCAAAGAAGGCAUUGGCCAAAGCACAAGCCUCCACGUCAGCGUCGGCGUCGGAGGACUAUGUCAAGAUGCGGAAGGAGGAAGCCUUGUUGGAGCAGCAGGUGCAGGUUCUGACAGAGCAUGGCAUGGCACAGAAACACGAGAUGAACCAGAUGCAUCGAUAUCAGAGGCACUUGGAGCAGGAGACAGAGGCGAACUUCCGCGAAGCACAGCGCUGGCAGAGGGAUUUGACUCUUCUCCAGAAUACAGAUCACUAUCAGGAGAUCACAGAGUUGAGGGCGAAGCUUCAGGAGGCAGUGAGGGGCGUCGAAGUGACAGAGUACAUGAUGGACGAAUAUGCGGAGAUGGCUCUGGGACAAGCUUACCUGGAGAACAAGGCAUAUCACAAUGGAGAGAUGUGGAGGUUUGCAGAGAACAAGCUUCGCCAACAGGUCGAGCUGGCAGAGUUGAACCGGAGCGAAGAGCAGUCCAGUGAGAAAGGACUCACCAAUCAAGACCAAGAACAGGUCUCCAGCCAGGAGAUCUGGGUGAAGCUUAGAGGAGAUGGUUUGAAGGAGGCAGUAACCCGAUGGCAAGGUGCACCAGGAUAUGAGCCAAAAGAGGUCUAUGUGCAGCAGGAUGCUGCGUAUUACAAGAUUGAAGACUAUGAGGAUCUUCUUUUGGAGGAUGAGUGCAUGGUUCGGGUCGGCAUGACUGCAAAGGCACAGUAUGAGGAGUUGGUUGAGGAUGCGACCGACAAAGAGACAGCUUUAGCCAAGUCGCAAAAGACAAGGCUGCGACGUGCAUUGCAGAGUACAGAAGGCGGAGUUUUUCCCGUCGAAGUUUCAGAGGUGUUUAGUCCUCCCAGGAUUACCUUGGAGGCGAAGAGGCAAGGGUUGUCAGCAGGAGGGUCGUACGACAUCUCGACUGGGUACAACCUCUUGGACGCCAAAGACAAGAAGAGAAUGUGGGAGGAACUGGAUCGUGAUGAUCCCGAAUUGGUGGUCAAUAGCCCACCAUGCACAGCUUUCAGCCCACUUCAAGAAUGGAAUUUUCCCAGAAUGGACUUGGAGAAGGCCAUGGUUCUUGUUGGAGAUGGACUUGAACAUUUGUGGACGGCAAGUGAUGUUGCGUGUUGGCAACACCAGAGAGGAAAGGCCUUUCUUUUUGAACACCCACGACCUUCAAAAGCCUGGGAGGAGGAGCCUUUGCAGAGGCUGAUGGAGUUGGACGGUAUCUAUGUCUGCACCAGUGACAUGUGCGCUUUUGGGAUGAAGGUGAAUGAAGGCCUCAACAAGAAGUCCACACGCUGGGUUACAGAUUCAUGGCACAUUGCUAUGGAAUUGCAAAAGCGGUGUACCGGAGAUCAUGAUCAUGAGCCUUUGACACAUGGGAAGGCAGCUAUGGCUGGCGUUUAUCCGCCACAGCUAUGCAAAGCAAUUGUCCGAGGCCUCAAACGACAUCUCAGGUGGAAGUAUGGUACGCCAGUGAAGCUGAGAGAGGAGGAUGUCGUUUUGGAAACUUUUGCAACAGAGACAGGAGCACCUAGGCCAGAAGAUGAUCUAGAAGAUCCAGAAGAGCUGCUCCCGGAAGAGGUCCGGGUUUUUCGUGCAGAGAAGGAGCGCCUCUCACGAGUAGCAGCUGUAGCAGUUUCAGAUGAAGACAAGGCCAAGGUGACAAAGAUGCAUGCGAAUUUAGGUCACCCUUCAAAGGAGAGUUUUGUUCGUUUUCUUCGUGCCGGACGAGUACGAGAAGAAGUCGUCCGUUGGUACAUCAAAGAAUUUCGUUGUGCAACUUGCGAGAGCCAUGCUUUGCCCAAGGCUCCAAGACCGGCUGUAGUUCCGAAAUGCUACAGACCGGGAGUAGCGGUCGGGAUAGACAUUUUCUACAUCCCGGACCCCAUGAAUCAGAAGUCUCUUCCGGUCCUCAACAUUGUAGAUCUUGGCACAAAUUACCAGAUGAUUCAGCUCAUCGGCAACAAGUCACCUUUUACAAUUUGGAGGGCCUUUUGGAAAACAUGGUGUAGGACGUUUGGCAUGCCACAGUUUGUUUCGCUGGAUGCAGGCCUCGAGUUCAGAGGAGACUUCACUCGAUGGUGCGCCAACUUUGGAACUUUGGUUUUCAGAGCCGCUGCACGUUCACCCUGGCAGCAAGGCAAGGUGGAAAGACAUGGAGGCCUCAUGAAGAACAUGAUUGAGAAGGCACGAGAAUCUACUUCAGUUGUGGAUUUGGAUGAGCUGAAGGCGCUUUUGUACGAAUGUGAGGCGGCAAAGAACAGGUUCAUGAAUAGAUCAGGGUACAGUCCAGUUCAACGGCAGAUUGGCCAGUGGCCAAGACUCCCAGGAUCCUUGAUGAGCGAUGAGUUCCUGGACCCAGCCCUUCAAGUACAAAGCACCACAGAAGAGUUCGACCGAACUCUUGAGUUGCGCCAGAUAGCUCAAGAUGCGUUUGUGAAGUUGGCAAGCAAGGAGGCCGCAGCCAAAGCCUUGCGCUCCAGAUCCAGAACGCAGCGCAUCUUCAAGGUAGGAGAUGUGGUGUAUGUUUUCAGGUCUUUGAAGCGCAAGAAGCAGGUCCACAGCCAAGGACAGUCAGAAAGAGGAGUAGGAGUUGGACGCAAAGUGGCAUGGAUUGGUCCCGGACAUGUUCUUGCCAUGGAGGGUUCGAUCGUCUGGGUCAACAUGUUUGGAGAGCUUUGGAAGGCAGCAUCAGAACAGGUGCGUGAAGCGACCACCGUUGAGAGGCUGGGCGUUGAAGUAGUGGCGGAGGAUUUCAGCGAGAUGCAAGAAAGGUUGAAAAGGAGUUCCAGGAGAGCAGGAUUUAGGGACGUCACGGCCGACGUCGAGGAGUUGGAUGACAGGGACGUCACGGCAGACGUUGAGGAGGAAAAGGAGCGAGAUGAAGUUGCAGAGGAAGGCAUGGUACGAGAUGAACCAGAUCUCACUGAGCCUGCGGCUCUCUCCAUGCCGCCACCAGCUGUUGAAGAAGAUGUCAUGGAUGAUCCAGAGCUUAGGAGCUUGUUCAUACCAACAGACCCAACAUCACAACCUUUUGACAGGAGAGUGGCACCACGUUUGGAAGAGCGUAGAGCAUCAAAUGCAACUGUAGCAGAACCUGAUGAGGAGCAAGGUUUGGUGGAGCCAAAUUUGGCAGAUGAGCAGAGGGCGUUUGAUCAGCAAGCAGAGCAGGAGACAGCCGAAUCCAUUGCAACUUCAGUGCAACGCAACGAGAUCUUGGAUGGGACGCCAAUGGAAUAUGGGAGGUUGAGAUCGAGGCUGCAAACACGAUGGAGGGCCUCGCAACCUUAUUUGGCGGAAGUCUUUUUCCAAGAUGAGGAUGACCAAAGAGAGCUUGAGGCACAGGAAGAACCCACUCAUGACUACUGGGUGUAUGACGCCCACCGUCAGGUUCUUCAACGCCACCAUGUACAUUGGCGCAAGGCUCUUUUCAACCCGAUGAACUCUGAUCGAAGUCCAAUUCCUUUUCGAGCGAUCAAGAAGGGGAGGUGCACAAAAAGAGUCUCAGGUCUUGGUUGUUCUGAGGAGAUCAGAGAUGAGUGGUCACCCUUUGCGAAGAAAGAAGAGCGUUUGGAUUGGUGGAAAGGUAUCACUGAGUUUGAGGUGGAUACCCAUUUCCUGACACAUGGGCAAAAUUUCAUGGCAAAGAAACGUGGGGAAGGAGAGGUCUUCCCUCAUGAGAUCAGCGAGGAGGAAUGGCCAGAAUGGCGUGUCAAAGAUGCGGAGGAGUUUCAGAAGAUCGUAGAUAGCGGUGCUCUGAGGAUUCUGAGCAUGGCUGAAUCAAAGCAGGUGCGAGAGGAGUUGGAGAAGGCAGGGAAGUUAGAUAGAAUACUUCCGACACGCAUGGUCAGGAGGUACAAGCCGGGCGACGCGCCCGGAAUGCCCAGGGUGAAGAAAUCCCGUUUCUGCAUUCGUGGAGACAAGGACCCAGACAUCGCUGAGUUGUCAAGUUUCGCACCGACUGUGACCACCUCCAAUUUGCAAGUCCUCAUUCAAGCAGCCAUCAACAAAGAUUUCAAUGGAGUGAUAGGAGACUUGAAAUCGGCCUUCACACAGAGCCUUCCACUUUUCCGAAAGGAGGGAAAACUCUAUUGCCGGGCAGUGGGAGGCAGUAUGCCUGGAAUGGAGGAGGGGCAAAUCGCUGAGAUAGUGCUGGGAUGCUAUGGUCUUUGUGAUGCACCACUUCACUGGCGCAAGACUUUAGUGGCAUGCCUCGUAAACGAGCUGGGAUACAGACAGUCUGCGCUGGACCCUUGCACAUAUCUUCUACAUGGCGAAGAUCCCCAAAAUCCAGGCGAGAAGGUUUUGCUUGGCAUGGUGGCAGUUGAGAUCGAUGAUUUGCUGAUGUUUGGAGGAAAGACCCACGAGGAAAAGAUGCAGCAACUUCAAAAGCGUUUCACCUUCGGCAAGGUAGAGCCUUUGGAUGCCAAGGGAGUGAAUUUCAAUGGACGCAGACUGCGUCGUGAAGGGCACACCAUCUUUGUGGAUAUGAAAGCAUUUGUUGAAGAGCGUUUGGAAAAGGUGCCUUUGGAGCCCCACAGACUCAAGCAGAAGGAUGAGAAAAUCACGGCUGAAGAGACCAGCCUGGUCAGGAAAACGUGUGGAUCAUUGAAUUGGGCCGGACGUGAAGGAAGGCCGGAUGCGGCAGCAGCAGCUUCCAUGUGCUCGUCAUUGCUGCUGGACAUGCGGGUCUCUGACGUGAUCGAGCUCAACAAGAUCGUGAGUCGGAUUAAAGAAAAUUCUGACUUGGCCUUGAGGAUUCAAGCGAUCCCCGAAAGCCGUAUGAGAUGGGGAGUGGUCACCGAUGCAUCGUGGGCAAAUGCGAAGGGAGGCAAAACCCAAGGUGGACAUAUGCUGCUCACCUUCGAUGUGGAUUUGCUGGCUGGUAAGCAGGCGAUGUGCAAUCUUCUACAUUGGAAGAGUGGCAAGCUGCACAGAACAGUGAACAGCACCUUGGCGGCCGAGACGCAAAGCUUGGCAAGAGGUAUCGGUGACUUGCUUUGGAUGAUGGUGAUGUAUGCCGAAAUGACUGAUGCCGACUUCCAGCUACGAAACUGGCGACGUCAUAUCCAUCGACUUGGAUACUCAGCUUUUACCAAGGUGGAGGACUCUGAAAAGCUUGAAGGAGCACUGGCAGUGGUGGACGCAAAGUCCUUGUUUGACUUGCUAGCAAAUGAAACAGGAGGUGGCGCUGACCGAAGGACAGCAUUAGAUGUUCAGAUGUUGAGGGAGGAGCUCAACGAAUUGCAUGGAAGAGUGAGAUGGAUCGACCAUUUGCACAUGAUUGCCGACUGCUUGACGAAAAAGAAUGGAAGAACUGAGCCGUUGAUGCGCCUGUUAGAAAGCGGUAGGUUUGGUAUCACAGAAGAGGCAGUAGCCUUAGACAACCGUUUGGAAGACCGAAAGAAGGUGCAAGCGCCGCGUGACUUGACUCCAAGCCCACAGGUUGCUGGGUUUGAGCAUGCGCCGACCGAAAAAUCUCCUGUAGCUGCUGUAGCUGAUGCCGCUUUCCAUGUCUCUGGUUUGUUGGCCACAGGUGCUCCGCAACCCAUGGCAUACAAUGUUUGCGCAAAUGCCAGGACCAUGCAGGUCCUUGGCACAGGGAACGCAUGGGAACUGUUGAAGGAACUGUUGAACCUUCGCUUUAGACGUGAUACCAAGUGGGCUUACUUGUUCUUGGCAGGCAGAGGAGUGCACCAGUUCUUCUGGGAGCUCAACAGGAGCUUCCAGUGCGACAAGCUGGAGCACCUGACAGAGGCCCAUGCCACCCUGAGAAGGCCUGAGGCUGACGGCAUGCAAAGACAGGAGAUGUCGAAGCCGUGCCUUCAAGCAGGUGGCACGCCUCCUUUUGCGAUGCCAGAUGGCAAACCUGCUGUGCCUUGCAGGCAGCAAAGUGCACCUGUGGCAUCUCAUCCUCAGGUCGUGGUGGUCACAACCACGAGAUGUCCAGAAGGUCCAUGGAUGCAAACCGCUGAGGCGCCAAAGGAAACCAAGGAAGCCCCGGCAGCCUCUGUGGAAGGUUCGAAGCACAAAGUGCCGCAUGCAAAGGCGGCUCAGAGGCUUCAGUCGCCUCCAGCAACAAGUUCAAGAAGGCGUGAAGCAGCUGUCAAGUCGUCAGAGGCUGCUUUGGAUGCAUUUGUGCGGCACCAUCGCCGUCGAAUGCUGGUUUCAAGCUGCAUGGCCGCUUGGGCCGCGCAGUGGAGAGCAUCAGCUCGAGCAAAGAUGACGGCCUCAAUCGAGCAGUGCCGCAGAUUACAGGAAGAGGUGAAGCAAAAAGCCGCCGCCGCAAAGCAGGCUGAGGUGGAGCUCAUGAGGCGCACGGAGGACGAGUUCAAACGCUUGCGCGAAGUGCAAACAGAGUGGGGACACCAAGCAUGGCAGUUCUGGCGUCUUGAAACGAAGUGUGAUAAGAAGUGGGGUGUGCUCCUGCAUCUCCAGCAGGAGGCUGGCUGGUUUCCUUGGGGCAUCGUGCCAGUCAGCUUCAGAGGCACAGACUUUCCAAGUGAACACUCGCCAGGCUCCUGCCCUGCAAGCCGUGAACCAGGUACACCAGCACCUGGACCUACUGAAGCUUACCUUUUCAAUGCUGUUGGCAUUUUUGGACAAUUGGAGGGCAAAUCGGGUAUCAAUGCAGUUGUUUUUCUCGCAGCAUUUUCUUGCAGCUUUACUGUCAUCGGCCUCUUCUGUGACCCUUAUGUGGCGAACACAAAUUUGGAAGGUGGCCACUCAGAGGAGGCAGAGCAGCUGAAAGAAUGGAUGGAGCUUGCGAAGGGGUUUGACUCUGUGGCUGACUUUGAUGCUGAUUUUGAUGCUGCCAUGAACGCAGCGGAAGAAGUCUAUCGUGCUUUCAAAGCUUUGCCACCAAGGGUCAGAGUCAUGAACAAAGUCGUCGAUCAAACCUGGAAUAUUGCAUUUCCUUUGGGAGCCGCUGUUAUUGCCCGCAUGGAUAUCACAGUCAACACCCCUCAAGUGGAGAUAGAUCGGAAGUACAUGGAGAUCUUCAACCAGUACCCAUGGUAUGGUCCAGCAAGUGGAGAGCUGCGGCGUGUCAAACUACGUGAGCGGGUUCGGGGCAAGGCCUACGAGCCAUAUAACCGCCUGUGUCUGGAUGAAUGGGAUGGUGCCAUUGACUAUGACCAAACGGAGAUUCAGACCUACAUCGACGAACAGGAACAUGCCCAAGGCGUGAAGAAGUUUCUCUUUGACCGAAGAGCAGAUUGGCAGCAUCCAGAUGAUGUGUACUUCACUGAUGGUCCAGCGAUUGUCGACUACAUCAAUGAGACGCUGGGAGAGAUCCGCUAUGUGGAUCGCGUCACACAGAAAUCUGGUUUCCUUCAUGAAAACAACACUUGGGGUACUCCGCAAAACUAUGUGGAUAUGAAAGUGUUUAGUGAAGGAGUUGACCUAAACGACAUCAUGCAGGGAUACAUUGGCAACUGUUGGAUGGUGUCAACCAUUGCAACCGUAGCCAAGUGGCCGCAGCUGAUUGAACAAGCCAUCUAUCCAAACACAUUUUCGCCCUCAGGAUGUUAUGCGGUUCGUGUCUGCUGGCAAUGUUCAGAAUCCAAGCCAAAAGAUGUUCGUUGGGCGUGGAUCAUCGUUGAUUCAAUCUUUCCUCGAGAUGAACGCGGCAAAACGGCCUGUGCCAACUCCAGGGACCAUUUGGAGCUGUGGCCGAUGCUCUUGGAGAAAGCCUUGGCAAAGUUUCAUGGCUCCUAUUCCUUGAUGGUUGGUGGUGGAGAAGGUAAACCUGUUGGCUAUGGAGGCCUUUUGAUGGCCCUCACAGGUGGCCCAUGGUACUGGAUGACCAUCGGGAAGGAGCUCAAAACAGACACAAAAGUCUCCGACUAUCUUCGGUGGAUGAGACACAAGGCUCAACGAAUGAUGGUUGUCUCUUGCACAGCACCAAGAGAGGAAAAGGAGACACUGGGACUUGUGGGUCAUCAUGCAUACUCUAUCCUUGGAAUCCACUCCAUUUUUGAGGAUGACAAUGAGAUCCACUUGGUCGAACUCCGAAACCCUUGGGGCUGGUUUGAAUGGAAGGGCAAGUGGUCAAACCACGACUGGCAGAACUGGAUGACAAAUCAAAGGCACAACCAGGUGGCUCGCUUUCGUGAGCUCUUUGACUGGGACAAGAUCAAGGAAACCGACGGCAAAGAAGGGAUGCCCAAAGAUGGCCAGUUCUACAUGGAAUGCAAAGACUUCAUGAAAUACUUUUCAACCAUUACGGUGGUGAAGGUUCCUUUCAAAUUUGAUGUUGGAUGCAGAUUCAGAGAGUAGCUCCAGGAGGCGAACAGCCGUACACCAUGGACCACCUGUAAAUAUUUGUCUGCUUCCUGUUUCACCAUGAUUUCCUAAAGGGAAAUUCGG